UAUAUGCACACACGAUGGCUGGGUGACAGUGGUGUUUAGUAAGAUGUGACCUAUAUUUAGUAAAACGACCGAAAUAGUACAAAAUAAUUAUUAGAAUUUAUUUAAAUUAAAAAUGUUACAAAGAGUUGCAAUUUUAGGAGUAACAUAUUAUUUGCAAUUUACAGGUGCAGCGUCUGCUGAAUGUCGUGAUUUAAAUGGACGUAGAAUAGCUCAAGGUAUUCAUUACGUACCUGGACCAGACGCUUGUACACUUUGUGUUUGUGAUAGCGGUAAUCCGAAAUGGUGCAAAGCGGUUUUAUGUUCACCUCCUCAAAAUUGCAAAUCAUUUCGUGUUGGAAAUACCUGUUGCGAAUUUAUAUGUUUAGAUGACACAUUAUCUAAAUCGGAUGGUGUAUUAGAUUUAGAUGGGAACACUGAUAUUGGUUUACGUUUAGUAGCUAGCGCUGUAACAGCAGUAUUAUCACUUUCAUUAUUAUUUUUUCUUAUACAUCGACUUCGUCAACGAAAAAUUCGAGGACGUCAAAAUAGACAAUUAAGUGAAGAUGAACGAAGUUUAGGAAGUAUUGGCUACAUUGCUGGUAGUAUUGGGUAUUUACAAGGUAGUAUGGGAUAUUUAGGUAAUGGAAGUAAUGAUAUGGAAUUUCAUUAUGAAGAACCACCGUCCCAUUAUCCAUUAUGGAAGCCACCUGGAAAUUAUUUUCCACGUGGUGAAGCACCACCUCCGUAUGAAGAAGCUGUUGCUGCAGCUCGUGCUGAAGCAUCACUUAUAGUAAACAGUACAACAAAUCCAUCAGCACAGUAUCCAAACACUACCACAUGUAGUGUUGUACCAUCGUCAUGUCCAACUACAACCAUGGUACAAACUGUACAAACAUGUUCAGUGACUCCAGUUACUGCCAUCAUCAGAACAAAUAGUAACAAUAAUGUAGCUGUUACAAACCGUACCGACGUAUCCACGAAUACUACAUCACGAGGAGCGGAAAAUCUACGGAUUGUUAAUAGUAUACGUACAGCCGAAUUAUCAAAUAAUGAAACCGCAUCAUUAUCGUCGAAUCAACAACCAAAAGUUCAAACGAUUGAACAACCAAAAAUUACAUCUGUUUUACGUACAAGCGAAUCAUUGUCAAAUCGACAAACAAGAUACGAACGUAAUGUACCAUCAUCUUCAUCGAAUAUGAUUUCACAUACAAAUUCACAUCGAACAAUACCCAAGAAUUUGGCAACAAAUCCAAGCUUAUGUGCGGCUACCGAACCAUUAUUAUCCAGUAUUUCACGUCGUGAUAAUCAUACGGAAAUUACACCUAGUAUUGAAUUCAAAUCAUUACCAAAACGUUCAUCGAAAGAAAAAGUUUGUGAAUUAACGAAAACCUCAACAAGACCAGAUAUUUACUACGAAGACAUCACGCCACAACAAAAUCCACGUGACAUCAUUUACACCGGCAAUUCUGAUAUGUAUAUGAAUAGGCAUCGAACAAUACCACGACAUUUAAGCUCAACUGGUCUAGGAAACAAUGGAGGUGGAAGUAGUACCACAAACAGCAACAAUUCUAGUUGUAACAAAACACAUUCCACAUACAAUAUUUCAAUCAGUAAUAAAGACAACAAAUCAAGCGUACCUGUAACAACACGACCAAACUCAAUACAUUACCCUGCCACAUCUGUCAUAUCAUUGCCAACAUCACCGGUGCCACCACCUGGUGUUUUUGGAAAUAAUACUACUCCAGUAGUACCUUCACCAUCAGAUACCAAAGACAAAGUAAAAACUACAACAUUAGUAUCACCACCUAAAUCCACAUCUACGAAUGCUAUUAAUAAUACAUCAUCUUCGCAACAACAAGUACAAAAAGAACCAUCGCAAGAGAUUGAAAGUAGUUUGGAUGGAUCGUAUCAAUGCUUACAUCAAAAUUUCGAUGAUGAAGAUUAUCGUAGCGAAUGUGAAAAUUGUAAAUCAGCUCAUGGUUCACGUUAUUAUCUAGCUGAGGAUGAUGAAGAUGAAUUAUCGAGUCCAAAUGAAACAAUGACUUUACAAAGACGUCCAAUUGAAUCACAAACUGAUACACUUGGUCAUGGUCCAACAUAUUAUAGAACUUCGCUUACAUUACCGACGAAUACUAAAAAACUCAGAUCAACAUCAAUGCAUGGAACUCCUUCUAAUCAUGGUGCACGUGAAGCAUGGUUCAGUAGUAUGCCAGAAUCAACUAGUUCCGAAGAAGAUUAAUUACAUUAAUGGGAAUAAAGUGAAGUACAGUGCGCACAAAUAUUAACACUACUGAAUGUAAGAUACAAUUUUCUUAUCGUAAAUAACUUUUCUCAUAAUUUUUAAAAAUUUUAUUGCAAGCACUGUUUAACAACCAAAGUAUAAAUUAAAAUUUUUUAAUUUUAAUUAAUGACUGGCAAAUUUUCUUCCCGAAGAAAACAACAAAAAUAAUAAACAUAAUUUGAAUUAAUAUUUUGAAGAAUUACAAGUGCUUAAACUGGUUAUGAAAACUUAUGGGGUUUCUAACUUACAUUUUAUGAGAGGGAUAGAUAAUAUCACAUGGAGAAACAAACUUUCCGGAAGCAAGUCCCGGAAAUUUUUAAAUAAAAGAAAGUUUUCAUUCAAUUUUCAAGAUUUUUUUCAAUGCCGUCAAAAUUGAACCCCAAUAAACCGUAACAUACUUUUUCAAUUUAUUGUCACACAUAUACUAUAUUUUUAGUUGGUUCAUUUGUGACUUAAUAUCAUUUCAAAUAGGUAUUUUAAG